CGUAGAUUGUCUAUAAAUGUUAUUAAAAAGUUAAAAUAUUAAAAAAUGGCCGAAAUAAAGAUGCCAGUACGAGUUUUGCAAAGCGGGAAGGUUUACAGGCAAAUGUUUGAUGCCGAAGUGCAGCUGAUAAAGUCACUGGAAGCAAGUAAACAAAGGAAAAAAGAAAAUUCGACAAAACCUGGCGGAGUUCAGCUUCCGAAUAUUAUAGAAAACAAACCAGAAAUUAGCCAUCCCGAAAGACACAAGUCAAAACUAACAGCUGCGAAUAUUUUGAGCGAAAGACAGAAAACAUGGACGGAAGGAAUGCCAAACGAUUCAGUGACCGAAAAUCCAGUUUUUUACAGACAAAUGACAACAGAAGCUGCCGCCAAACAUGAAGAAUCUGAAACAGACAUUGAGGCUCGUGAAGUAAGAGGACUUCCCACCAUUGUACACGUAACGAAGAAAAACUCGGAUAUUGUUCAAAGAAUCGCUGAUCGAAGAAAAGAGAAGCAUGACAUUGCGUUGGAUGAAAUGUUCCACGACCUAGGUAUGAUCAGUAACAGAGUGGAACCCAGGAUUACAUCUAUUGGUGAAAAUGUUCAACAGCAGUUGAGUGAUGAUGAUGUGAAAAUUGAAGCUGAACUUAAACCAAUUAUGGAUGAUGAAUCUCUAAUCAACUUCAGUCAUCAAAACCUUCUAGAAGUUUGGACGCAAAUAGAAACUCACUCAACCACCAGGAGGCAGUAUAUAAAGAAUACAAACGAAUGGUUUAACCAAGUAGAGGAUGAAAGAUUGGAAGCUAUUGCUGGAGUGUUUCGAAAAUACUCUGCAAAGUUGAUUAAAAUAGCGAGUCUUUCCACACCCGAUGUUCAUCGAUUGAUUGAGAAAGAAUCUAUGAUGAUUAACCAGAGUAUACUCGCUAACAGGCGAGCCUAUGAGAAGCUGAAUGUAAAUUUAAUGGAGAGCGACAUACAACGUGAACUUGACCAACAAAGAACUUGGAGUGAGAGAGUUACUGACUGGAAAAAACUAAACGCAGAAUUCGCAGUCCAAAAAUUUAUUGAGUUUAUGAAAAGUCCUGAUGUUAUUGACCCUCCUGGGGUGAAACAAGUGAUGGAAACAUUUCUCAACGAACAAAAAUCUCUUUCUGCAGUGAGGCAACAAAUACUUGAACAAAUGGGAGAACUCAAGCCACCAUCCUCAACAAAACCAUCUGUAUAUAAAUGGAACACAGCUUUAACAAAAGCCAAUGAAGAUAUUGACAAGUUACAUCUCAGAAUGGUUCGACAACUUCAUGAAAAAUACGAGACUGUUUGUCAAAGCUGUCUCACUGAAAUAGAAAAAUACAAACAAAAUCUUCUGAUAUCUAAAGUAUGCGACGAAGAUGACAUGAGAAGGAUUGUUAAUGAUCAUCUUCUACCGUUGGUUGGAAAUCAACUUCGGAGCUUUGAACGAAGACUUGAAAAGAUGGAUCAAAUGUUAGAGGAGCUUGCUACAAGGACAGAACAUCAGUUUCGUGGUUUGUUCAAGUUCGCACAAGGUGUGUCACAUUUGUGGGACGUGCAUGAGAUUGGACUCGCAAAGCAGGAGCGCAAGUUGCAGUCGGAACUUGAGCAGACACGACAACUACACGAUGUCGACAACCAGGAAAGGGAAGGGAAACUUGAUAUUAGACUUGAUAGGUUGAGACAGGAAAGCACGGAUGAAGCUUUGUCGCUAUGUUUGGAACAGUGUUUGGAGAUGUUGGCUUACAUCAAAGAAGGGUAUGAAGAGUUUCAUGCACAACAGAUGGAUAAAGUAUCUGAAUACCCCGGCAUGGUGCAUGAGGAGCUUGUCAAAUAUGAUGAAGCUGUAUGCAGGUUUUUUAACGUCAAUAGAGACAAACCAAGUGAAGAACACCUUAUGUCGCUUACAAGAAGAAGGUUACAUCAGAAAAAGUCAAGACAAAAGAAGCCAAAGUCAAGAGAGAAAAAGGAGCCUGACAAGGAGAAACCUCGCGAUUCGUCGAAGGAAGAAGAAGAGAAGGGGGAAGAUGGGACAGAGUUAGAACGAGUUGUUCGUGAGAUCCUAAAGACAGAGACGGGGACUUCUUUCUAUGUGAUCACUGUGGCUGAUAAGGAAGACUUUGAGGAGGAAGAUGAAAAAGAUGAUGACGAAGAUGCGGGGAAGAAUCGAAUAUUUAUGACACAAAGCCAAGGUUGUGAAGAUUUGAUGCCGGAUUAUAUUCGGAAUGUUUUUAUUGAGACAUCAACCAUCAGAGACAUGAAGAAAUUCGUUCGAAUGUCAUUUCUUAACCACCUGGAACAAUGGAAAGAGGUUGCACAUCAGAAUUCCGAAGUGACGUGCAAGAACAAACAAGAGGAGCUUGUAUCGGAGCUUGAUCUUCGCUUGCAUCUUCAUGAUCCUCGGAGCAAGAGGAUUGAGAUGGAUGUUAGGAACGUGAGAGCAGCUGAGUUAGUUCUACACAAAGAGAGGGUGGGACGUCACUGUAAAGGUAUCACCGCUGCAUUGUCUUCAUUGAAACAUAACUUUACUGAGAUGACAAAACAACACGAUGAAACUGCCACCGAGUUUCGUGGAAGGGUUGAGAAAAUGGAGGAUGUGUUUAUCAGCGCAACUAAAUCAACCAAGUUGGUAGAGUUGACCAACAAUCUUCAUAAUGACCUUGGUUGUUAUGUGGAUGGCGUGAAGUCUUCACUCAGACAAUUCAGGCAGAAGUUGGACAAUACAUUGGGUAGAUUACGAGAAUCAAACGCCCAGUGUGUUAAGUCGUUCAAAUUAUUCUCUGAGGGAGGAAACUUCUCCCCAGAAGAAACGAUCCCACUGAGGAAGAGGUUGGAAAAGAUGUCGCAGAGAGUGGACGCAUCAGAGGGAGCAGUGAUGCGCGAUCUGGAAGGGAUGGAGUCGAAGAGGAUUGACCAAGCAACGGAGAUCGUCAACAAGUUUGAAGACAGAUUCCGUAACCACUUGGUUGACCUGACAUUCAUUGAAAAGAUGCAACGAUGGGCAACUAACUCACAAAUUCGUAUCAAAACAGAGGUGGCGUAUAGCAAUGGUAUGGCAGCUGAGGUUAUGAGUCAUCUCUCUACAUUACAACGAAGGGUAGAUGCUUGCGAACGACCAAAUAUUGAUAAAGAGACUGUAACACCAGCAUUGUUAAGAUCUUAUGAAGUUGAUAUAAUGGAAUGUCUUCAUAAAAGAUCGGUUUACCUCAACUGUGCUAAACCACAAGCCACAAGUGAAGCAAUUUCAAAGAAGUUGGAUUCACAAAGCAGUGUGCCUUAUGACACCCAUAUCAGUAAUCUGACCCCUAACUUCAACCCCACCCCCUCCACUGUCCAACGUGGGGCUACCCGGGGUGCUUCAGCUGGUAGUAAAGCCACACAUAAAGCUGCCAGUAGGAUGGGGUUGGAAACACAGGGAACGUACAGCAGGGGUGGAAGACAACCAGCUGAAGAUGCUGCUAUUGGAGUGAUAAAGAAUAUAUUGAGAGCACAGAAAGGUAAAGGAUUAGAUUUGGAUGAUGAAAAAUCCGUUCUAACUGGAGUUACGGCUCGUUACCCGCCUUCUACUUCCAACUCACAGACUGGUCCUUCUGCCAAGCACCGAGCAUUCCAGAGACACAACACUCUAGCAAGCAUCACUGGGAGUGUGGCUGAAUCGGAAACAAGUAGAAAACAAACUUCAGAUGGGAUCUCAUCCGGUGUUUAUAGAAGAAGGGAAACUAAGUUUGAGUUGAAAUAUAUGAUCUUUGGUACCAAGAUGCCAGAAGGAUCCCACUUUAUGGCAAAAGUUCAUCAGAUACUUUAUGAAGCAUUGGAUGGCAUGUUAUCCACUGCCGAGAUAUAUUACAAACAAAAAGGGAACCGCUUGCCAACCAGACCACAGUUGAUACAGGAUACAUUUGACCAAUGUGCUGAGAAAGUUGUGGAGAAGUUAUCUUCAUAUGAGAGACAGAGUGAUGGCUUCCAUAAUGCUUCACUUCAAGAUUUCCGAAAAGUCCUCCUUGCGCUAGAGGAGGAGUUAUGCUCUGUUCCUCGUCUUCUGCUCCAUGAAUUACUCGAUAAAGAACUUGCUGUGUUGCAACAAGGUCAAGCACAACUGGAGGCAAAGUUUUUAAACAAGGAGAAGACAUGGCAGGAUAUGAAGAAAUCUAAUAAAAAUGAGUUACGUCCCACACUUGGACAUCCAGACAGAGCUCCGGUGUUGAAACAACUUUAUGACAUGGAAUGCACAAGACAGACUGAGCAUGUGGAAGGCGUGGUGGAGCAUGCAAAGUUAUUAAAAGCAAACAUCACACAAAGUGCUUCAUGUUUCAUUGAACAAUUAUCAUCUCUCUCACAUGAAUUGUUGCUGGAGUUUGACCGCCUGUUGACAGUGGAUGACGUUUAUGUUGGAAGAAUUCCUGUACGACGAGAACACACAAGUGUUUUGUUGAGAAGAAGAGCAAAUGGAGUGGACAUGAAUGACGUGGCUGAUCCAGCAUUUGGUAUCAAACCUGUUGUAGAGAGAGGUCCGAAGCAAUGGCCAGGUUGUGAAGGGGGAAGGUUAUCAUUGGAUGCUCCGUAUAAUGAAGAAACCACAAGCACCUCCAGCACAACUUUACCUCAUACAACCGUUGUAUCGCAACGAGACGCAGUGCUGCGCAUGUACGAGGAAAAACACAAGGCAACACUGGAGAAAAUCCAGCGCGAAGAAGAAGUCCGGCUGCAAGGGGAGCAAAGAUGGAAGAUGAACUGGGAAGAUUCAAUCUCUGGAGUAAAGAAUUUAUACGAGUGACUUUUCUUCUAAUUCAUUCCACUGUAUCUUGCUGUUGUGUUACAUUUCCCACACAAUCUGUGUUUUCCAUUUUUUAAUGAAAAAGUUUUUAAAAUAAAAUAUUUGUAUCAUUUGAA